UAAAGAAGAAAAGAAAUAUAUAAACCAACAAAACUCGACUUCAAAAAUACCAACUAGUUUCUUGGUGAAAGUACAGUGAGAAAAAAUGGAGAUGGAGAAGAAGAUGAACGAGGUGAGUGAAGAAGCAAAGGAGAAAAUCUCAGAGAGACUAUCGUCUUUCGAAAACCUCUGGUUCCCACGCGCUCAACAACCCACCGCCACUCUCCCAUCCCAACGCAAAUCCAUCUUCCUCGACCUUCUCUCUCGCGACACCGCCCUAUUCCUCGAACGCUACGGUUCCAACCUCACCUGCAACGAGUUAACCGAGUUCGAUUCAAUGAAACACGAUUACGAGAUCAACUGGCACGUCACGCGGUUACGGAGUCUGUUGAGUCCAACGACGGAGGAAUUGCGGAAGAGGUCGGUUAGGGCGAAGAACAGGCGGCGUGCGUAUUUGGAUAGAUUGAUGAUCGCAGGUCAGUAUUUCUCUGAAGAAGCUAUGAGGGAUAGGGAGCCUUAUCUUCAUCAUGAGUAUGUUGGCAAGUUUCAGGAUCGAGUUGGAAGAGGUAUGGCUAGGCCUGGGGAGAGAUGGUCUGAUACGCUUUUGAGAAGGUGUGAGGAAGCUGCUAUUGUUGCGAAGAUUAGAGGGGAACAGCAGAGGAUUGGUGUGCCUCAGAGAGAUUGGAUUGGUAAUGAAGGGUUUCAAGAAGAGGAAGAGGAAGAGGAAGAGGAAGAAGAAGAUGUUGAAGAAAAAGAGAUCGUGGAGCAGAGACGCUUGCCUCAUCCCAGUGUAACUGAUAAUGCCACAUCUGAUCCAGCUAGAGCAAGGCAGGAUCCAACCUUAUCAUCAGAAGAGCUGGAGGACCGGAUGAAUCAAUUCACUUACAUUAUGCAGCAGAAGUUUCUAGUAGGAGAAGACCACGAACAUGUAGAUUACUCUAAAAUAGAUAAUGAUGAAACCCUUGACGAUCAUUGGCAGAGAGAAGCCAAUGUUGAUGCAGAAGAGAGAUAUUUUGCUGACGAUUGAGUUGCAUCAGCUUGAUACUGCAGAACCCGAUGUGUAGAUAUUGCUUAACUGUUCCUCAUUUGGCCUUCUUCAGAUCUAUACUGUACUUACAGUUACAUUAGCGGUUUGUGUUUAUAACAUAAGUAACAUGUUGUUGGUAGCGUUUUAUUUUGUAUAAGUCAUUUAUUUUAGAUUAAUAUAAUAUUGCUACUAAUUAGCUUA